UCCUCCUCCUCUGGAUCCUGCAGAUCUUCAAUCAAUCUUUACACUUUGUUGAGUGAGCAGAUGCGCUCCUCCUCUGACGACUACUCACUCCUGUCCUCUCUCUCGUUCUUUGUUUUUGCAUGCAGCUGCAGCUCGCCGAGGAAAAGCUGGAGAGCAUUGCAACAGCUAAGGAAGCAGGCAACAUGCAGGCUGAAGACAAGGAGCUGGACGGCGGUCUGAUGCCUGACGGGAAAGACGCGAGCCCGGCCGGACAGGCCGAGGGCUCCAAGUGGCAGAGACCCAAAUUUUCACGGAAAUCUCUCAUGAGGUGCUGUCUGGUCAAGUGGAUCAUCGCCAGCACCACUCAACAGGGGCCAGAUGACAGCAGCGACAGUGACCUCGAGCUCUCCAUGGUACGUCAUCAACCCGAGGGCCUUGAGCAGCUCCAGGCACAGACUCAGUUCACCAGGAAGGAACUUCAGUCCCUUUACAGAGGCUUCAAAAAUGAAUGUCCCAGUGGGCUUGUGGAUGAAGAAACAUUCAAGACCAUUUACUCACAGUUCUUCCCUCAAGGAGAUGCCACCAUGUAUGCGCAUUUCUUGUUUAAUGCCUUCGACUUGGACAGAAGCGGCGCCAUCCGAUUCGAGGACUUUGUACUGGGCUUGUCUGUGCUGCUUCGAGGUUCGGUGACGGAGAAGCUGCGCUGGGCCUUUAAUCUCUAUGAUAUCAACAAGGACGGCUACAUCACGAAGGAGGACAUGUUGGCAAUAAUGACGUCCAUUUAUGACAUGAUGGGCAGGUACACUUUACCGAGUGUACGAGAAGAUUCCCCCUAUGAACAUGUGGAGAAAUUCUUCCAGAAAAUGGAUCGGAACCGAGACGGAGCGGUGACGAUUGAUGAAUUCAUAGAAACCUGUCAAAAGGAUGAGAGUAUUAUGUCUUCCAUGCAACUCUUUGAGAACGUCAUCUAGCUUCACGAGGAGGAACUGCAAAUGUCUCACCCCAACGUAAACUUUAGAAAUCACCAUAGUUUUUUGAAAAUUAUUAUUUCCUCAUAUAAUGGCUGUAUUCAACUGCAGAGAGUACCAUGCGCCAAUUAGAAACCAGGUGCAUUAUGGUAGGAGACCUUUACUUUGACUUUGUGAAAUUAUAUUCGAUUUUGUAUCAUUUUCUUCACAACUAAAUAAUGACAAGAUGGAUGGAUGGAUAUAUUACAUUAUAAUACGUAUUAUAAUGAAUAUGUAUUGCGGCACUUAAAGGUGGUUAGCAUGUCUUAUUCCCACUUCUGAGGUUGUAGGUUUGAAUCUAGGCUCAGGCCCUCGUGUGGCGUUAGCAUUUUCUCUUUGUGAUUGUGUGGGUUCUCUCUCUUUACACCAACUUCCUCCCGCGUUCCAAAAACAUCAUUUGAGGACAAGAUUGAAAACUCAAAAUUUUCCAUAGGUGUGAAUGUCAGUAUGAAUGCUCGUUUAUCUAUUUGUGCGCUGCGAUUGGCUGGUGACCAGUCCAGGGUGUAGCCCACCUCUCAAAGUCAGCUUGGAUAGACUCUAGCUCACUUGAGACCUUAAUACCUUAAUGAGGACAAGCGCAAUUGAAAAUAGAUUAAAGGCUGUACUGUAUUAUAUUAUAGUCUGUGUAAUAAUAAAUACAUACAGUGUUCCCACACAUAUUCCAAUUCCUUUGCUGCCGUUUUGUGGCAUCUUUGUGCCAAGGAACUAUGUUGAAGUGAGGGAAGGAGUUUCAUUUAAUCUAGCACUAGCCCUAUCAAAUAGAAAAAUAGUGCUUUGCCGCACUCUUCUAGCAGCUAUAAGCAAUUAUAAACCUUUUUGGAAGGGGCAUCAUUUACUCACACAUUUUGACAAUAGCGGGGGAACACUGUAUGUAUUAUUCUAUAUUGUAUUAACUUUUAUAAGCUCAAUUCUGCAUCAACAUCAGCUUUACAGAUUCCACAUGUGCUGUGCAAUGUGUUUUGAUGAAGACAUCUAUCGUGACAUCAAGUGAUAUCAGAUGUGUUAUAAUAGAGCUUAAAAAAGUGUUGUCCAAUUCAGAGGAGGGUAGUCACGCACUACAUUUUACUCAAGUAAUACUUUCGAUAAACUGUACUUGUCAGAGUACUUUAAAUGCACCAUACUUUUUAAUUUUACUUAAGUAUUUAAGUGAAGGAUUGAUAUUUUUACUCCGUUACAAUGAUCGACAUGCCUUUCGCUACUUUUAUGUAUCCGUUUUUGCGUGUGCGCAUCUAUUUUUAGAGUCCAUUUUCGACUUCCACAUAGGGCGCCCGUUGCGCCAAUACUAAUGUCAUUUGACUCCAAUUCACCAAUCAGACGACACAUGACACCGCACGUAGCCUUCGCGAGCCAAUCAUUUGUGAAAAGAAAAAAAACAGCAGCGCGAGCGUGUUUACUUUACAGACUCCAGAAAACAACAGCAUUGUCAUGCAGCUCUUCAAUUGUGACUGCCCAACUUGAAAAUUUCAACCCACUUAUAACUUGUGAAAACACCAUGCGGAAAGUUGCAGAUGUUUCUAUUGUUGUUUUGGCAGUAAUGUGGAAAAAUUACCCCUAUGAUAUGGUGUCGCACACGCACACACAAUAACUAGGUCUGUUCAGCAAACAGCUUCUUCCUCAAGUCAUUUCAGUGAAUACAGAAAAUAAUGUUUCUGUAGGGCCCAAUGCACGUGUUGUUGGUUUUUGGGCAGUUAAAAUUUUAAAUGGUGGCAGAUCUGUGUCGACUCCCGUAAAUUAUUAUUUGUUUUUUUAUUUUAUUUGAUUUUCAUCCUCUGAUUUGGGAAAAAAAAAAAAAAACAGAAGUUAAUCACAAGUUACUUUUUACUUGUGUAUUUAUUUUAUUGAGUACUUUCUUACUCAAGUAAAUAUUUGAAUGACUACUUUUUCCUUUUACUUGACUCAUAUUAUUCUAAAGUAACAGUCCUCUUACUUGAGUACAAUAUUUGGUCCAAUUUGAGGUGCUGCAUUUUAAGAGCGCAGACCACUAUUUGACGAAAUAUGGUAAGCACUUGUGUUUUUCCAUUAAAGCUGAUCUAUGCAAAGAAAUAGUAGUCCGAUCACCUGACGUGUAAAUGUCAAGUAGCAUGACUGCGCAAAACGUAGCGCCCAGCUGGGGGAGCAUGAAUGCCGAAUGCAUUGAAACCACGCGAUACCCAACGCAAACAGCGACGUCAACAUGGGGUACACACUUGUCUUUUGACGAAGGUUAAAGCUACAAUGAUCUUUCUUACUGUUUGAUUCCUUGAUUCUGAGUUCAUUGUUACAGAUUAAUUUCAGAAUGGAAUGAUCCUGACAGUAGGGUUUUGUUGGCAACAUGGGCCAAUUGUCCACACAGCAAAGAAAGGACAGGGAGACUUGGCAAGAACAAGGUCAGAAGUCAGACACACAAAACAGCACGAUACGGACUAUGAGUUCAUGCAUAUAGGGUUCCUCUGUUUACAACGGUCCCGACAUACGAUGUUUUGAGGUUCCGAAUGGCGCAGAAUGAACUAGUUUGCACAGCAGCGUAAGAAUACGUUGUCAAGCCUCGCGAGAAGGCAAAGUCAGUCAUCACCUGAUUUAGAUCUUUUCAUUUGAUUGUUUUAUAUACGACACAGUAGACAAAUAUUUACUGUAAUCAUGACGUCACUAAUGCCAUAGCAUAGUUUAGUGUUCUGACUUACAUAUUUACUUAAUUCGGGUUGCCUUGCCGCCGUAGGAACAGAACUCCGUCGUAAACUGAGGACACCCUGUACUGGUUAAUUUUGGAGUAUAAUUUUUACCUAGUAGGACAGCCAAGCUUUUUUUUCCCCGCGACAGCGCCUUUUAGUGCCAUCUACGUCCUGCAUCUGAUAUGUGUGAAAUGUGUGUGCUGAGUGUCAACCUGCAAAAAUAAAUCUUUGUGCACUAACCUGAAAUUACAUCUCUUCGUCCACUUCUAGUACACUACACAAGAUAGAAUGCUAUUUUUUACAAUAAUAUUAGAGGAGAUGGCGGCACAGUGGGCGACU